AUGGUCAAAAACAAUGCCUUUAGCUUUGAAAAGGACACGUGGGCCGAGCGUCACAGCCCCGAGUGGAUGCUGCCGUAUAUUCAGAUAUCCCGGAUCAACCGACCGGCAGGGACAUUUAUGCUGCUGUGGCCAUGUUUCUGGAGCAUAUCCAUGGCUGCUCCUGCAGGUUGCUUACCAGAUUAUAAGCUGUUACUUCUUUUUGGCACUGGAGCAUUUAUCAUGCGGAGUGCAGGGUGCACUAUCAACGACAUGUGGGAUAAGAAUUUUGACAAGAUGGUGGAACGCACCAACAUGCGUCCGUUGGCUGCCGGUAAGCUCACAUAUCCUCAGGCAUGGGCUUUUCUCGCGGUACAACUAUCUGCCGGAUUAUCUGUGUUGCUGCAGCUCAAUUGGUUUAGCGUUGCAAUGGGUGCAUCCUCCCUCGCACUUGUUGGUGUGUACCCAACGAUGAAACGAUAUACCUAUUGGCCGCAAGCUUUUUUAGGCUUGACCUUCAAUUACGGUGCCUUGCUGGGAUGGGCUGCAGUGCAUGGCUCUUGCGAAUGGCCCGUUGUGCUGCCGCUGUACGCGGGCGGCGUGGCCUGGACGUUAGUGUACGAUACACUUUAUGCCCAUCAGGACAAGAAGGACGAUAUUAAGAUCGGUGUGCAUUCUACUGCACUGCUUUUUGAAGACAAAACAAAGCCGAUGCUGAAUCUCUUUUCGGCUGCUGCCAUUGCUGGCUUCGGCACUGCGGGAUAUAUGGCUGGCCUAGACUGGCCAUUUUACCUUGGUCUUUCCGGCGCAGCAGCGCAGCUAGCCUGGCAAGUAAACACCGCCAAACUUGACGAUCCACUGAAUUUGCAAGCGCGCUUUGCUUCAAACAAGUGGUUUGGAGCGCUCCUGUUUGCCUCCAUUGUGGCUGGUAGAGUCGUGUAG